AUGACCAAAUCCGCAUCCUUCGAUGUGAUCGGCACAUGCUUUGAGUUCUCCGCGCCCAUCCAAGCCAUCCAGGCGCGUCUGGGCCAGAAACUGCAGGUCGGCAGCGUGGAUGCCAAGACGCUGUUUUUCUCGUGGUUCUACGCGGCGCAGCGCGACUUCACCUAUGUAUCCAUGACGGGGUCCUACGUGCCGAUUGCGCAGAUUCUCAGGUCGACGUUCCGCCGGGCGUGCGCCGUGGUCGAUGUGCCGAUUGAGGCGGUUGCCGAGGAAGAUGUCGAGGCGGUUAUGAAGGCGUUCAAGAGCAUGGGGCCGAGAGAGGGGCUCAAGAAGUGUUUUGAGGGCCUGAGAGACGCCGGAUGGGAUGUCUACGGCGUUACUAAUGGCGGCUCGGAAACGUCGCUGAAGUACUACCAUGACGCGGGGAUUGAGCUGGACGCUGAGCAUCUGUUGAGCUGUGAUGCGAUUCAAGUCGCGAAGCCAGAUGUCAGGGUGUAUGAGAAGGCAAACCAGCAUUUAUCGGAGCGAGGGCUGGGAAAAGACGAGGGCGAGAGGUGGUUCAUUGCGGCGCAUGCGUGGGAUCUGAUUGCAGCGAGGAAGGCGGGGUUCAAGACAGCAUACUUGAUGUUUGAAGAGCACGAUCCUUGCACGGAUGUUUUUGGCAAGUUUGACUUGUAUGCGGAGAGUAUGGAUUCGUUGCUGAGCAAGCUGAAAGAGUUGAAGUAG